UAUGUCUCCCCAGUGCCUCUCUCGCUCCGCACCGUUCUUCGCGCUAGUGGCGGGGCUUCUCUCCCGCGUCUGCUGUGGUAGACGUUUCUUUGGAUUUCCUCAGCACUCUCUGUUUUUCACGCCUGUGGGAUUAGACUGAGCAGAAGAAGAAGGUUCGUCUGUGUUUUUGGGGACAAGCGGACAAGAAUGCAGCAGAUUCCUCAGACAGAAGCAAGUGCCAAUCUGUAUGUGUUUUGGGUUGGUAGUAAAACCAAAGAGGUAGCGAGACCCCAGACUGUGUUGGAGUGAGAUGCACUGACUCCUGGCAAACUGCAGCAUUCCUUGUCAUCCUCCGCUCUCCUCUGAGGCUUUGGCCAGUCAUGCGGUUACUACGGAAAAUCCUCCUCCUUUUGGGUGCUUGCCUUAAUAUGAGCUGCAGGUAUCAGAGUAAUGCCCUGGAUAUUCCACUUGAAGUUUUAGCACGUGUGAACAUGGAGCAGCUGCCCACAAUUACAGAGCACUCACCUGCCUCUCUGAUCGCCUUUCCUUUCGAAGAGAGCUUCCCCAUGAAGUGUGAGGCCACAGGAAACCCUGGAACAGAAUUCAGGUGGACAAAGAAUGGUCAAGACUUUGAUCCAUAUCAGGACCCCAGAUUGAAAACAUUAGAUGAUUCCGGAACAUUCAUCAUUCCCAAUAAUGGGAAUCUCACAGAAUUCCAGGGCAAUUAUCGUUGCUUUGCAAGCAACAAAUUAGGAACAGCAAUGUCAGAAGAGAUUGAAUUCAUUGUUCCGACUAUUCCAAAGUUCCCUAAAGAGAUCAUCGAUCCGAUUGAGGUUAUGGAAGGUCAGUCAGUCAUUCUAGAGUGCAACCCACCCAAAGGAAUCCCCCCACUGCAAAUCUACUGGAUGACAAUAAGUCUACAGCACAUCGAGCAGGACGAAAGAGUAUCAUUGGGUCUCAACGGGAACCUGUACUUCUCAAAUGCCAUUGAGACUGACAGUCGCAGAGAUUACUGCUGCUUUGCUGCCUUCCCACGCAUUCGAACCAUCGUUCAGAAAACUGCCAUGUCUGUUGUGGUCAAAAGCAACAAGUUAAUGAAGGACUCAGACUCUGGUAGCGGCAGAGGUUAUGCAAACUCUCUCUUGGAGAGGAAGCCCAGUCUACUGACGCCCACAGGAAAGGAGUCACAUACAUAUCUGGUGAAAGGCGAAGAUCUUCAUUUGGAGUGUAUUGCAGAGGGCUUCCCCACACCAAAGGUGGAGUGGGUAAAAAUAGGUUUCCACGAGCUUCCGGAAAGGGCCGUGGUGGAGAGUCAUGGCAAGUUGCUUACUAUUGAGAUGGUGAAUGAGGAGGAUGAAGGGAAAUAUAUGUGCAGAGCCAAAAAUCCCCUUGGAGAGGUUGUGCAUUAUUUUCAUGUUACAGUAGAGGAGCCUCCUGAGUUUGAGAUUGAACCUCAGAGCCAACUGGUGACAAUUGGAGCUGAUGUGGUGAUCAAGUGUGUUGUGAAAGCAAAUCCUCAACCUAGUGUUGUAUGGAGGGUCAACGGCCGACUGCUGAACGAGGUCCCAACAUCCAAUAGGAAGGUCUUAAAAGAUGGCACCAUUUCCAUCCACAACGCAAAGCCCGAAAACAGUGCUGUUUACCAGUGUGAGGCCACAAACAGACAUGGAACCAUCCUAGCCAAUGCCAACAUCAUGAUUAUGAACAUCCAGCCCCUGAUCUUAACAGAAAACAAUCUGCAAUAUAUGGCAGUGGAGGGAAAAGGUGUGGUCAUGCACUGUAAGGUCUUCAGCUCACCAACAUCCAGUAUUACAUGGAGUAAAACUGACAGUGCCAAUUCAGUGGAAGGAGAAAGGUUUUCUGUUCAUAAGAAUGGUUCGCUGGAGAUCCACAACGUGAUGAAAGAGGACAUGGGGGAGUAUUCUUGUUUUGCUCAAAACACUGAGGGCAAAGUUGCCAUUGCUGCAACACUUGAAGUCAAAGAUCCCACCAGAAUAGUCGAUCCUCCUCAUGAUUUGCGGGUUUUGGCCAGAACUACUAUCCAGUUUUCAUGCCAGGCAGAGUUUGAUCCCUCCAUUGGUGAUGACUUUGAGAUCCUCUGGGAAAAAGAUGGCAUGGCCCUUAACGCCAGCGAGAACGCACGAUAUAUCCUGGACGAUGGAGUGCUUGAAAUCAUUAAUGUGAGCUUUGGAGACCAGGGCUUUUAUGCCUGUGUGGCCAGAACACCAGUCGACCAGGACAUGGCGGUUGCACAGCUUUCAGUUGUGGAUGUUCCUGAUCCACCAGAGGAUGUGAUCCUUUCCGAACAUAAUGGCAGAAGUGUGAAACUGCAGUGGAUUCCAGGAGAUGACCAUAACAGCUCCAUUACAGAGUUUGUUAUAGAGUUUGAGGAAAGCCAACAUGAGCCGGGCAGCUGGAAGGAGAUGAUGAGAGUACCGGGAAACCAUCACUUCGCUCUGCUGAAUCUUCACGGACACGUAGACUACCGAUUUAGAGUCUCCGCCACCAAUGAGGUGGGAAGAGGUCGGCCAAGCCAGGCCACUGAAAGAUACAAAACUCCAGCAUCAGCACCCGACAAGAACCCAGAAAAUAUCAAGAUCGAAGGUCAUUUGCCACAUGAAAUGGAUAUCAACUGGGAGCCACUGUCACCUAUUGAACACAACGGGCCUGGUCUGGAGUACAAAGUAAGCUACAGAAGGCAAGGCACUGGAGAGGACUGGAUGGAGCACAUGGUGAAGAGGCACUCGUUCGUUGUUAAAAACACCCCAACGUUCGUCAUUUACGAGAUCAAAAUUCAGGCCAAGAACCAUGCGGGCUGGGGUCCAGAACCUGAAAUAAUCACAGCGUACUCAGGAGAGGAUUUUUUCUUUUGGAGUUGCCCUCCCGAUGUUAUCUCAGUCCCCACAGCCGCUCCAGAGGGUAUAGCCGUAGAAGUGAUGAACAACACCAUGGUGAAGGUCAGAUGGGACCAUGUUCACAAGGACAAACUCAAUGGACAUCUGGGGGGCUACAGGAUAAGCUUUUGGAGGCUUCGUAGUCUGCUGUACUCAAAGAAAACACAUGGUGACAAACACACAUUGACAUUCUCAGGCGAGAGGAACCAUGCGGUGGUCACAGGGCUUAAGCCGUUCUCUGAAUACAGCCUCAUUGUCAUGGCCUUUAACAGCAGAGGAAACGGGCCUGGCAGUCAUCCGGUCAGCUUCAAAACACCUGAGGGAGUUCCUGGUCAAGUAUCUGCUUUCAGUGUUACAAACAUCCAGAAACACAAGGUCACCUUGACCUGGUCUCCUCCAGUUGACGCAAAUGGACUCAUAAUUGGCUACAUCCUCCAAUAUCAGCUAAUAAAUGACACAGAGGAACUAGGUUCUCUGACGACCCUCAACAUCUCUGCUGACAGCAGUAAGCUGCACCUCCAGGAUCUGGAAGCACUGAGCAAAUAUAAGUUUUACCUACGGUGCUGCACGCGUGUGGGCUGCGGACCAGCUGCCAGCGAGAAGCGCACCACUGUCCCUGAAGCGACUUCAACAGAUGUGGCCUCUUUCAACAUCACUGUGUUGAAUAUUAGCACCUCAGUUAGUCACAACUUUGCAAAUAUCAGCUGGAUUCCAGGCACAGAGCAGACGGAGUCAGAGUUAUAUGUUGCCUUUAUGAACAACCGUGAAGGUAACUGGAAGAUUUCUGAUGCGCUAAAUUCUUCUAAGACUUUCCACAUCAUUGAAGGGCUCGAACCUGGGACUGAAUACACAGUGCGUCUUAUGACUAAAAGCUGGGUUGAUAAUUCUAGUAUUUUUGAAGACGUUAUCAGGACCAGUGCUAAAGGUCUGGCCAGUAUUCAUGGAGGCAUCUCCAACCAGGGCUGGUUCAUCGGGCUCAUGUGUGCCAUAGCUCUGCUCACCCUCAUAGUGCUCAUAGCAUGCUUUGUGAACCGAAAUAAAGGCGGAAAGUACUCAGUGAAAGAGAAAGAGGACCUGCACCCCGACUUGGAGUCCCAGGGCAUAAAUGAUGAUACCUUCUGUGAAUACAGUGAUAAUGAUGAGAAACCACUGAAAAGCAGCCAGCAUUCAUUGAAUGGUGACUUGAAAGGAGGGGACAGCGGAGACAGCAUGGUGGACUACGGCGACGAGGACGCUCACUUCAACGAGGACGGCUCUUUUAUCGGAGAAUACUCCGGACGCAAGGAGAGGGUCUCCAUGGAAAUCAAGGGAAACAAUCAGAGCACAGCAUAAUGGACCAUGGACAAUUUAUUUUGUUGGACAAGCUCUCACAAAAGGUCAGUGAAAAGGAAACAGAAGGAAAAAAGUGCAACAUAACGGCACCUGAAGGACAUUUUUGCAAUUAAUGUGUUAUUGUCAAACUCUCAGUCAUACUCACAUCAUUUUACAAAGCUUCAUUUGUUUUGCGCACUGUAACUGAUCAAUCAUGUCAGUUGUGUAUACUUUUGUGGGGUGUUUUUGUAUUAAAUCUUUGAAAACCAUUGGUGACUUUGGAGCUACCAGAAAGUUUGCUAAAAGCAAACGCUGUACACCGUUUUGCUUUCUUCGUGUCAUCAUGUAGCCAAGCAAGUUUUAUGUCAGGGUAUGAACUUUGUAUUUUAUUUUUCGUUGGAAGCAAAUAUUAUUGACAUUUUAUAUUUCAGAUACUGUAUACUGUUCAUUCAUUAAAUGUGGGAAUAUUAUGUGUACAAAGGAGUUGUUGGUUAAAUAAUCGUAAUUUCUGUCGAAAUCCAAAAAGCUUAAGGCAACAUAAGGGUUGACACAAUUAAUCACAUGCUUUGUUGAACAUUUUUGCAUUGAACUGAUUAUUAUUAAUGGUUCGUGCUAUACUAACAAGCUGCAUAGCCAUAUUCAGUACCAUAUAAACCCUACAGUGAGUCUUCUGCUCUUAACCCAUUAGCCAUAAAUCAGUAUAUAAUCAAAUAGGCACACACUCAAUGUUCAUAUUUCAAAAAAAAAAAAAACGCCUCUUUUGCCUUAGAAUGACCUUGAUGUUCUGGAAAGUAUGAUGUAAUGAAUCACAUUCUCAUGGAUUCCGUGAAACAGGGUUGGAAUUCCAAAAUUCCACAUUGGCAUUAAAUCCUAUGAAAUAGUUGUAUCCAUAAAUGGACAAUUCAGAAACAACACAAGUCCUCCAGAAAAUGCAUUUUUAUUUGUUUUUGGAAUGGCUCCACAUAGAGUCAAACCCAGAUUCUGUACAAUGUUUCUGUAAAUUCUGUUUGCAUGUUGAAUGAGGUUUGUGUGCAGAUUUGACAUUAAAUUGUAUCAUUUUUCUUCACUCUGGGUUUGCUGAAUGCAGCA